GCAAUUCUUUCCGUCAAAACGUCACAAACCCACCAACUCCAUUAGAAAGAAGCAACAAAAUACAAAAACCGAGCAAUGUUAGCCGAAGUUUGAAGUAAUUUUUAUCAUUUAUCCUAUCGCACUAAACAUGCUAAAGACUUCAAAAGCAGAGAAGCAACAUAGGAUUAUGAUAGCGGACACCUCCAUUCACAAAUAGACAUAGAAGUUAGAACAUGGUAAUUAAUAGUCAACUGCACUACAAAUAGAUCAAAUAGAAAUACUAACAAUGAACUUCAGUCAGCUUAAAAAAUUGGAUGAGGAAUCUUUGGCACACUUGCAAGAGGGCUCGGGUCCCGUAGACGAGUGCCUCUGUCCCCUCCUAUCUCCUCCUGAUGCCGAGAGAAAGAGUCUAGGAGCUUCUAUCAAGAAGGCUUUUGCGAACUUCAAUCCAGGAAAGAAGAGAAAGACUUUUGGGGGAAGCAGAAAUGUGGAUAUACCAAUAGUGUUUUCUAAAGGAGAACAGGGAGUAUACUCAACAAAAGAGGUUGUCAAACGCAAGUCCAAUUGCGGGCGUUGCGGCUGCGACAGAGAAAACAUAGUGCUGAAGCAUUCCUACGCGAACAUUAGGAUCACCAGCCCUGAUGUCAGUUCCAUAUGCCCUUGUCCUAAUGAUUGCUUACCAGAUAAACACAAGCUCCUAAACAAUAUAAAAGUGACAGUUGAACGAGUAACCAUAGACCCGGAUAGCGAGAGUUCAGAGACAAGCCUUCACAACCAUAGACCGAGGAAUGUCAAAGAGCCAGAAAUGACAGACAAGAGGUCCGUAUCUAGCCUUAUAAACGCACAAUAUGAGAAAGAUGAAGAAAACGUAUAUAAUAGAUGAUUUGAGAAACUUUCAAGACACAAUUUCACGAACGAUAUAAGCCUGGCUGCACACAUUCGGUUUCCUGAUCAGGAAUUCAGAUUCGGACACCGCAAAUGCUCUUUUUUCGUACAAAAUGUUCACAAGAGCGCACACGUUCUUACUUUUUUCCGAACGGAAUAAAUAAUUUACGAUUUUCUGACAUCAUUUCGGGAUUUUCUCCGUGCGUUCAGAUAGUCAGAACUGGAAAGUGUGCGCUAGUGUCACGGAAUCCCAAAUCUGAAUUCCUGAUCCGGAAACAGAAUGUGUGCGUCCAGGCUUAACGUCAGUUUUUUCAAAGCAACUGUUUAUUUUGAAAAUUUAAUGUGAAAAUUCAUCUUAAACAGUUGUUUUAAGAAAACUGACGUUUAUUUUGUCGGAGAACAGCGGAAUUCAAUAAUCGAUCCAUAGAUUGAAUGUUGACAUUCGCUUCAUAAAAAUUAUGACAAAUUUCAAUAUCUGAUCGACAAACAACCGAUGGAUCGGUUAUUGAAAUCCGUGGUCAACUUAAUUGUAGUUGAUGUAUCUUGUAGACUCUGAAGUUAGCUUUUGCCUGCGCAGAAAAAAACAAAACUACGAACAAAAUUGAUUCACUGCUCAGUUGUAAGUAGCUAACUUCAGACUGGACAAGAUACAUGGGCUGUUGUAUGCUCCAUCAUCUCCCGAGCCUUUUCCCAACUAUGUUGGGGUCGGCUUCCAGUCUAACCGGAUGCAGCUGAGUACCAGUGCUUUACAAGAAGCGACUGCCUAUCUGACCUUCUCAACCCAGUUACCCGGGCAACCCGAUACCCCUUGGCUGUUGUAUUCUGUAAGGCAAGAUAACAUAAAUUAUUUGAAAACAAUAAUGUUAAUAACUGGUUUCCAUUUACUUCAUGAAUAAAUUAAUUCCAAA